AUACAGCUGAUCGACGACGGAGGAAGAAGUUUUGUUUCAUUCGUGUCAGAAAAUGGUGGUUUUGAUCUAAAUAUGGCGAAUGCUGCAAACCCUUUACCAUAUCUUAACAAAAGAGAAUAUGGGUUAAUUUCUGAUUUCAAGUCUCAUUUAUUUAACAAGCGACUUAAUGCCGCUAAAAACUUAUAUCGCCGUGAUUUAGUAUGCCAUUAUGGGUGUGUAAAUGCUAUUGAAUUUUCCAGCAAUGGCGAAUUGCUCGUAUCAGGUGGAGAUGACCGGAGGGUUAUGCUGUGGCAGUUUGGGCAAGCAAUGCUCAACUGCAACAAGCCGGAGCCCAUGAAGGCAGUGCACCAGUCCAACAUCUUCUGUCUUGGCAUCACAAGUGACAGCCAGAGGAUAUACUCUGGAGGAAAUGAUGAUAUUGUUAUUGUGCACGACUUGGAGAGCAAAUGUCCACUGGAGGUGCUACAGCACCAGCGGGCCGUGUGCAGCCUCAGCAUCGACCCCAUGAACGAGCGGGUGGUUGCCACGGCCGGCAAUGAUGGCAGACUGCUGCUGUUCGACACCAGGCAGUCUGUACAUGAAUCCCUGGUAAUAUCGCGCAGCCGGAAGGCAUUCCACGGCGUGAUGUUCCACCCGCAGCAAGUCGGCAUCCUGGUGUCCGCCAACGCCCGCGAUGGCGUCGCGUUGUGGGACCUCCGCUCGCCCAAGCACCCGGUACUUCGUUACGUGGGUAACAACGGGUCCGUACAGAAUAGUAUGAGCGUGCGCUUCAAUGCGGCCGGGACGCACAUCCUAGCGCUGCGCAGGCGCCUGGCUCCCGUACUAUACGCUAUACAGUCCCCGGAGCCCGUAGCGGAGUUCUACCAUCAGGACUAUUACAACUCCUGCACGAUGAAAAGCUGCUGCUUCGCUGGGGAAGGAGACCAGUACGUGUUGUCCGGCUCGGACGACUUUAACCUCUACAUGUGGAAGAUUCCAGCUGGCGGGGCCACUGGCUAUGAUAUAGAGCCUCACAUCGUAUUGUAUGGCCACCGGUCGAUCGUGAACCAAGUCCGCUACAACCCCCACUACUGCCUCAUCGCGUCGUCCGGAGUCGAGAAAAUUAUCAAGGUGUGGUCAGCGAUAGAAUUCCCAGAGAUGCGAGGAGCUUUACUAGAGGAGGCGCACUGCGACAACCCGCGGGAGAUCUACAGCCACGAGGAGUAUGUCUCUCUGGUGCACCACAGCGGGCAGUACAUAUCGCACAACUACGCGGAACAGUCCACGAGCGAAGAUCCUCGCAUGAUGGCGUUCUUCGACUCCCUCGUCCAGCGCGAGUUGGAAUGCUUGGCAGAAGAAACUGACUCGUUGGACGGGUCUAGUUCUGUGGCCACCGUACACGACAACGACACGGAAUCUUCAGACAGCGACCAGAUUGUAGCAGAUUUCCUGCAGUUACCGCCAAAACGAGCAAAUCCAAAUGGCAGUCGCAAUCAAAGGUGUUCAAAUAGGCUCGCAAGACUUGUGGCGUCACGGUUUUCGAAAAACUUACGUUCACAGAAGCGUGGCUCUCUAAGGCGAAGCAAACAGUCUCGUAGCGCUCUAAGCAAAUCGAGCGGGAAGUCUGCGGGCACGUCCAGCGCCAAGGGCAAGCUGGCGGGCGCGCGGCGCAGCCGGGGGCGCGGCCGGCCGCCCGCGCGCGCCCCCGCCCGCGCCCCCGCCCGCGCCCCCGUCCGCGCCCCCGCCAGCGCCCGCGCCCCCGCCCGCGCCCGCGCGCUCCCCGCCCGCUCCGCGCCCUCCAGCGAGCGCACAGACUCGGAUGAACCUGAGCAUUGCUUGUAUCGGAACGCUGGCAGGAUAUCAUUACGCAGACGUAUGAAUUUGUCAAGAUCAGCAAAGAGGAAAAGCAAAGUCACUAGUUAUAGGAAAAUUAUGAAUAUGAAUUUACGAAGCAAUGGGGCAGCGGCACAAGACAGUGAUAACAACAACUUUUCAAACUUUGAUAAUUUCGAUGAAAAUCUAGCUCUUCCUAGCACAAGCACUGGUUAUAGGGGUCAAAGUUCCGCAGCUCUAUUCCGGAUAGCAGAGGUGGAUUCAGACGACGACCAGUCAGUGGGCAGCCGGCCCAUCUCCCCUCGCAACCAGAACGGGAACCACAGCAUCCCUUCCAACCUCAUCAGCAUAAUCCCCACCCCCAUCAACGGGUCUAGAGACUCCCUGGGCGAUUCCCUUCGCGUUGAACCCCCACAGUCUGGAAGCAACAACUCUUCGCCUCCACCUGAAAAUCGUCUGAGGAUGAACCUAAGGAGAGUGCGACGGAAUGGACGAUUAAGUUUUCACAGAUCCGAUGAUUCGAGUGAAUCCCCCCCUCCCAAAGACACUGCAGAACGAGUCAGCACGUCACUUACUGAAAGGUUGUCCCUAAAAGUUGGUUACAACAGGACUGUCGCUCGACUCAUGAAUGAGACAAAUGAAAGCGAAUUAGAAAGCAGUUGUAGCACAGAGAGUAGUGUUUGGGCAGCUUCUGGGAGCAUCGGGCUUGGCACUCCGGACAGCGGAGUGGGGACCGUAGUAGGAAGCAGCACGAGGCAUUCGCAGCCUCCCGCGGACGAAGUCUCCGACGACCCCGAUUAUCAGGCGCUCAAGUUCCGACAACGAGUGAAGAAAGCACGCCGGAACUACAGAAACCAUAUGGACUCAGACUCGAAUUGAAUAUAGACUUAAAAUGUGUUCCGUAUUAUCCUAGUUGAUCUACUGUAAGUGGUGACUAUCCAACGACUGCAUCUUCUAUUGUUAUAAUUAUAAAGUUGUUAAGGAUUUUUCUAGUGUAGACACAUGUGAUUAUGGGCCUCUGAAUAUAUUACAAAUUUUGCCCCUAAUAACAGUUAAUAGCAGGUUUACAUGUCUAUCUAAAUCAUAAAGAUUUUGAAUCUCAUCUCUGCUAGAACUUUGAUUGCUAUAGUCUGUAUAUAAGUACGAAACCUAAAAUAAAUACUUAUAUUCAGAAGUGUAGUAUAUAUAGAAUUCACAUCAAGGCACCAAGGAAAAGGAUAUUUGUCUGAUAUUUAUCAUAGAAUUUAUAUGGAAGCCUAUCAUGGCCGGCUAUAUCUGUCAUCUGAUAGACAACUAGCUAAGACAGUCAGUCAUACAAGUCCGAUUGGUGAAAAUUCUACAAAGUUUUUUAUUUUCUAUAGUUUAUUAUUAUGAAAACAUUAUGUGAUCUAUUGAUUAUAUAUUAUCAAGUAACUUUAUUAGUUUUAAGAUACAUCAUAAAUGCUGAUGUCCUCUGUAAAGGUUGUAUAAAUAAAUGCUGCUGUAAUAAAUACACUGACAAAAUAUA